AGCGGCGCCGUCACAAAAGGAAGUGGCGGCGGCGGGGCCGUCAGCGCGGGGAGGGGCGGGGGCGGCACCGGCACCACCGGCACCGGGACCACCGGGAGCGGCACCGGGAGCGAGGAGGCGGCCGCGGCGGGGGCCGCGCCGCGCCAUGGCCCAGCAGCAGAUGAGCAGCUCGCAGAAGGCGCUGAUGCUGGAGCUGAAGUCGCUGCAGGAGGAGCCGGUCGAGGGCUUCCGCAUCACCCUGGUCGACGAGUCCGACCUCUACAACUGGGAGGUGGCGAUCUUCGGGCCCCCCAACACGCUCUACGAGGGCGGGUACUUCAAGGCUCACAUUAAAUUUCCUAUUGACUAUCCAUAUUCACCACCUACCUUCAGAUUCCUGACCAAAAUGUGGCACCCCAACAUUUAUGAGAAUGGAGAUGUAUGUAUUUCAAUUCUUCACCCACCUGUAGAUGACCCACAAAGUGGAGAGCUACCAUCAGAGAGGUGGAACCCUACCCAAAAUGUCAGGACUAUCUUACUGAGUGUAAUCUCUUUGCUUAAUGAGCCCAACACAUUCUCCCCAGCCAAUGUGGAUGCAUCAGUCAUGUUCAGGAAAUGGAGGGACAGUAAAGGAAAAGACAAGGAGUACGCCGAAAUCAUAAGGAAACAGGUUUUGGCUACCAAAGCUGAGGCAGAGAAGGAUGGUGUGAAGGUCCCCACUACACUGGCAGAGUACUGCAUCAAAACUAAAGUGCCUUCCAAUGACAACAGUUCAGAUUUGCUUUACGACGACUUGUACGACGACGACAUUGACGAUGAAGACGAGGAGGAGGAGGAUGCCGACUGUUACGAUGAUGAUGAUUCUGGCAACGAGGAGUCGUGACCUGCUCCCUCUAUGCCCCUGUACUGCCCUGCCGACUCAGGCCAGAAGGGAGCAGCGGUAACCUAGCAGCAGUCCAGCAAAAAAGUGGGGGGGAGGGGUGUCAAAAAAAAAAAAAAAACAAAACAAAAAAAAAAACCCAACACAAAACUUUGUCUCCUGCUGUCUCCUGUUGUAUGGAUCUGUUCGCUCCUUUUUUAUGGACCUCUUAGAGACCCUCCACAGAAUGUCUGAAUUCUUGCAUUCUUAACCCUUUCAUCACUGUAUUACAAUUUCUUUUUAAAAAAGAAACUCCCCUUUUCACUUCUCUACGAAAUGCUCACAGCAAAACAGGUUUGCUCGUGUUUAGAUUCUUGAAUUAAA